CUACGUUCUUGUCUGCUUGGUGGUGGCCAUGGUGGUGGUGCUGGGCUGAUCUCCAAUUUUCCAGAUUUCGCAUUUUCCUCGUCAUUCCAGCCUAGUUCACGACGAUAAGCACUCCCCUUGCACUUCUGCUGAGGGUCUGACGACCGCGACCAGCGCCACCAGCAGCGCACACACACCCCCAGGGCGAAGGCCACUAAAGACUCGAAGGGACGCACAGUGGAGGUUGAUUGCUUCUUACUUGACAAAAGAUUGUUUCAUCAGGAUCGGACUAAGUUUGGAAAUUUGUGAUUUUUCUUGAUUGCAAACGCUCGCACCACCACCUCAUCUAUUCUAGCAACCAAUAAGUGAAUUUCCGUAGGGAAUUUGGAAUUGACUUCGUGUUUUAGUGGCAUCACCAUUUUACAAACGACAGCACGAUGGAAGGUGAAUCAAAUGGAAUGGAAGGUCAGAAUCAACGUCAAUGCCAAGCAGGGUGUGGUUUCUUUGGAAAUGCAGCCACAGACGGACUCUGCUCCGUGUGCUAUAAGGAAGUCGUCAAGAAGAAGCAACAGCCUCCCACUGGCAGCUUGAAAGUCCCGUCCCCUCGUGCCACAACCUCCUCCAUCGAGUCUCUUUCGCCUCUCUCAUUCCUUCAGCAAGCGCAAAAACUGAACGAUGAAAAGGCACCGACUGAUGAAGCAAAACCGUCUUCUGUCGCCGAAGAGGACACUGCACAAAUUGUUUCGUCUCCUGAGUCAGCUUCGACUUCGCCAAGUGCAGAGUCCAAGAAAAAAUCGAAUCGUUGCUUGUCUUGUCGCAAGAAAGUCGGCCUUACUGGUUUCGAAUGUCGUUGUGGAGGCCUCUUUUGUUCUACUCAUCGCUACAGCGACAAGCACAAUUGCAGUUUUGACUAUCGUCAGUUGGGGGCUGAUGAAAUUCGCAAGAACAAUCCCGUCGUCGUGAGCGAGAAAAUUAACAAAAUUUAAUGUCACCAUUACAUACUCCACUAUAUCUCACCUCACCACCUCCACCUUCAUUAAGUUUCUUUUACAAAUACAAAAAACUUUCAUCAUUAAGUAGAACUAAUACUAAAGAAGCUUAGAAAAUGAAUGAAAAUGUCCAAACGUCUAUAAUAUCCUAGUUUUCUCGUAACGCUAAGUGUACAGUAAUUGUAUUCAUUUGUGAAAAAUUGUAAGUAUAAUAAGCUAAACUUGUGUAUAAAUGGUACGAAUAAAUAAAUGUUUUUUUUGGCAAAUCGAGAACGGCCACUAACUACGAACGUACAUAUAGGGAAUGAUAAACCCUCAGGUUUUCUUUCAGUGUGACUAUGUUUGAAACUCACAGUAUAUAUAUCUAUAUGCAAUAAAUAAGUAAACAUACUUAAACAGCUUCA